AUGCUAGCGAUUGGUUAUGUAAGUCUCUUAGUAGUUUCACUUGUAAACAGUGUUGCCGGCAACUGUUUGGUUACUGGAUAUUGUGGUAUUGGUCAGUGUUGUUCAGCGUUUGGUGUUUGUGGUACAGGAGCUCAAUACUGUGGUGGAGGUGGUGCUUUACACUCAGGAUGGUCAGGUUCACAAUAUGGUACCGGCGAUUGUCGCGUUGUAGGCUGUCAAGUUGGUUGGUGCUGUUCACCUUAUGGACAAUGUGGACAGACAAGUGAAUAUUGUGGUGGUGGUGGUGCUGCUGCUGUUGUUGUUGCACCUGCUCCGAUUCAAAACCAAUGUUAUGUAACUGGUUGUCCGGUUGGUUCAUGCUGUUCACAACAAGGAUCUUGUGGAACUGGAGCCGCUUAUUGUGCUUCUGUUUCGUAUAGCAAUUGUGCUAGUACAUCAUGUGGUGUUGGUCUUUGUUGUACACGAUAUGGAUAUUGUGAUAGAAUCGGUAUUCAUUGUGCAUAUAAAAAAUCAAGCAGUCAAAGUCAACCAGUAUCACUUGAAGGUGAAUUUAAAGGACAGGCAAUAUAUUACAAUGAAACUAAGGUCGGUAUACAGUACUCAACAUGUGGUGUUAAACGAGGAGUACCAUUGGAUGAAAAUAAUCAAAAAGUUUAUAGUGCUGCUCUUAAUCAAGCACAAUUUGAUCCAUACACUAUCCAUGGUAUUCCAAGCUCCAACUCAAUCUGUCAAAAGAGAGCUUUAGUCAAAGGUCCAAAAGGUGAAAUUGUUGUUCGAUUUAUUGAUCGAUGCCCUGAUUGUAAAGCACAUGAUAUUGCCUUAACUCGAGAAGCUUUUAUUGCAGUUGCCGGAGAACUUGGAAUUGGUCAAAUAUCUGUCGAGUGGUAUUUUAUGUAA